UACUCUGUGUUAAUUCAAGACAAGUAUCUACUUCUUUCAUUAAUGAAUGAAAUUAUUGUUUAUUUAUUUAUUGAGUGUAAACUAUAAAAUAAAAUGUUGUUAUAAAUGCACUAUUGUAAACCAUAAUUAUCUAACGAAUUCGUUGUAUUUCGAUCUAGAAAAGUUCAUACAUGGUCAAUAAAAUAUACGCUGUGUCGACAAAUUUCAUGUAUCAUUGAAGAUGAUCCGGUCUAAUCGUCUUAAUUAAUUAUACAAUUCAGUUUUUGUGUAACCUUGUUUACGCAAGAUCAACGAUGGCUGUAGUUAAAACCCCAGUUCUUAAAGUAAUAUUAUGUGGAGAAUAUGGUGUUGGGAAAAGUUCUAUAUUCCGUCGAUUUAUCAAUGACACCUUUGUUCCCAAUGCAGACAGAAGAGCUACUUUGGGACUCGAUCAUUUUGAAAAGAUUUAUCAGGUUGGAGACAAAGAAAUCAAGUUACAGUUAUGGGAUACUGGAGGCAUGGAGAGAAUUGCAUCUGUUACCUCCAGCUACUAUAAAUUUGCGGAAGCUGCCAUCUUAGUGUUUUCCUUGGACAAUUCUUCAUCUUUCCAUGUCUUGAGUCAGCACUUACUGGAUAUUGUGACAUAUGCUGAAAACGCCAAAAUAUUUUUGUGUGGAAACAAGUCUGAUCUUGAAGGAACUUCUCCACAGGUUACUGAUACUGACAUAGAAACAUUCUGUGAACAAUGUCACAAUCUAAUAAACACCACAUACAAGACAUCAUGUAAGAACGGCAAAGGCAUUGAAGAAAUGUUUUCUGACAUUGCGUUACAGCUGGUGGAAUCAAACAGAUCCAGGAUUGAGUUGCAGACUUUAGAUCAUGAUAGUUUUAAGAUAUCAAACCCUGAGCCACCUGAAGAUCCUAGCUGUAGUUGCUGAACCUGCUUUGAAGCUUAAACAUUUACUUGGAACUAAUAUACUCAUAAGUAUUGUUUACGAAUGUUAAGGGAAUCUACAAAAUUUCAAAAUCAUUCUCCUAUGUAAAUUGAUAGAUCCUAUGUUUUUUGUAUGUGUAUAUCUAUAUCCUGUAUAAUGUGAUGAUUGUUUGAUGUUUGCCUAAUUAAAUUGGGAAUGGCUAUACAUUUUAAAACACUGGUAAGAGUGGUAAAGUACAUCUAGGCAAAGACAUAUAUAACUCCGACAACUCCGUAUAGACAGAUAAAGUUUUAAGAAAAUAACGUACCUCAGUACCAUACAGAAAAAGGUAUGGUGGCCUAGAUGGCAUUACACCUUUGGGGU